AUGGGUUCAAUGAAGAUGAUCACUCUCGUUACGCUCCUUGUAUCAUUCUUUAUGUUUUCAUGUGUUUCAAGCACUGAAUUUGAAGUUGGAGGAGAAGAUGGUUGGAUCGUGCCAAAAUCUACGGCUCAUGGAGACAUGUUUAACCAGUGGGCUUCAGACAACCGGUUUAAAGUUGGCGACACUAUCCGUUUCAAGUACAAGAAAGACUCGGUGUUAAUGGUAUCAAAAGAAGAGUACAAGAAAUGCAAGGCGACUAAACCGCAACUCUAUUCGAACAACGAAGACACGGUUUUCAAACUAGACCGUCCCGGUUUGUUUUACUUCAUUAGCGGUGUAUCAGGCCACUGCGAGAAGGGUCAGAAGAUGAUCAUAAAAGUCAUGGAGACGGAGGAGUCUUCGCCAGAGUCUCCUCCUCCUUCCUCGUCUUCGUCUUCUUCAUCUUCAUCUUCUUCUUCACCAUCUCUACCGGCGUCAACUCACAAGAAGAGCAGUGCCUUGAAAAACGCAGUCCAGUUCAGUAGUUCCGGUUUUGUUGUCUUUGCGAUUAUGGCUGUUUCGGUUUUUGGUUUGGUUUAG